AGCUUCAUCUUUCUAAAUUGAGUGCCUCUCUUAUUCUUAGAGCUUCAAAUAGACUCAGUCGUAGUGACCGAUUUCAAGUUUCAUCCUUUUUGGAGGUUAACAAGUUAUGUGCGAUAGUCACAGAGCAUGAAACCUCCAAAGGGCUUGACUUGGAGUCCUCUAUCCCAGCUCCACCAUUGUUUAUAGAGAGGUGUAAGAUGGAGCAGACCAGAUCGGAUUUAAGAUUUCAUCACUCUGGAUCAACAGAAUCAGAGGAAUCUGCUUUAGAUAUGGAGAGAAAUUGCUGCAAUCAUGUUAAUCUUCCUUCAUCAAGUCCUCCGCCUGUUCAACCCUUUGCUUCUAACGCUCAGCAUUCUGAGAGCAAUGCUGCCUACUUCUCAUGGCCUACUUCGAGUCGAUUAAUUGACGCAGCAGAAGAUAGAGCAAACUAUUUUGGAAACCUACAGAAAGGGGUGUUGCCAGAAACUCUUGGACGGCUACCAUCGAGGCAGCGAGCAACUACUUUACUCGAGUUAAUGACCAUUAGAGCGUUCCACAGUAAAAAAUUGCGUAGGUUUAGUCUUGGCACAGCAAUUGGGUUCCGUAUCCGUCGGGGUGUCCUGACAGAUAUACCAGCUAUUCUUGUCUUUGUUGCUCAUAAAGUUCACAGGCAAUGGCUUAACCAGUUUCAAUGCUUACCUGCUGCUCUUGAGGGUCCCGGAGGUGUGUGGUGUGAUGUGGAUGUUGUGGAGUUUUCUUAUUAUGGUGCACCUGCAGCAACUCCUAAAGAACAGUUAUAUACUGAGCUUGUAGAUGGCUUUAGAGGAAGUGAUCCGGUCAUUGGUUCUGGUUCACAGGUUGCCAGUCAAGAGACAUAUGGAACACUGGGUGCUAUUGUGAAGAGUCGAACAGGAAAUCGACAGGUAGGUUUCCUUACAAAUCGGCAUGUUGCAGUUGACUUGGACUACCCAAAUCAGAAGAUGUUUCAUCCUUUACCGCCCAACCUUGGUCCCGGAGUGUACCUUGGUGCUGUAGAGAGGGCAACCUCAUUUAUUACAGAUGACCAAUGGUAUGGAAUCUUUGCCGGUAUAAACCCAGAAACAUUUGUGCGAGCUGACGGGGCUUUUAUUCCUUUUGCUGAUGAUUUCAAUAUAAACAAUGUAACUACAACUAUAAAGGGGAUAGGUGAGAUUGGUGAUGUUCAUAUCAUAGAUUUGCAGUCUCAGAUCGGCAGUCUCAUUGGAAGGCAAGUUGUCAAAGCGGGAAGAAGCUCUGGCUUGACCACUGGGACGAUAAUGGCAUAUGCUUUAGAGUACAAUGAUGAGAAAGGAAUCUGUUUCUUUACUGAUUUCCUGGUUGUUGGAGAGAACCAGCAGACUUUCGACCUCGAAGGAGACAGUGGAAGCCUCAUACUAUUAACGGGACAGGAAGGGGAGAAGCCACAGCCCGUUGGCAUCAUUUGGGGUGGGACUGCUAACAGGGGUCGGUUGAAACUCAAAGUUGGUCAACCCCCUAAAAAUUGGACCAGUGGAGUCGAUCUUGGGCGUCUUUUAGAUCUCCUUGAACUUGAUCUCAUCACGACCAAUGAAGGGCUUCAAGGUAUGCGUUCCAAUCAAUAUGUGUGUGUAUUUGCAUCUGGCUCUUACUUUGGCAUUGACAAUGUCUAUUUGUCAUUGUUAUUGAUGAAGCUGCCGUGGAAGAUCAAAGAAAUGCUUCCGCAGGUGGGAUUGAUUCAACAGUUGGGGAGUCUUCUCUUCUGAUCCAGGUUCCAUCGAAGGAUAAGAUGGAAUAGAACUUGGAACCGAUUAAUUUAAACAUCCGGCAUGUUUUGGCUGAAGGCGAGUCCUGGCAAGGACUUGCACUACCAAUCAUGCUUACAGAAUAUCGAGCAGAAGAUAGGGUCGAAGCAGGUCCUAACGUGGAACAUCAAUUCAUUCCUAGCUUCAACGGAAUGUCUCCAGUUAAUAAGCAAAGGGGAAACGUGGAAUCUAGGAAUCUUUCAACAUUAAGGAGUGGAUCAGAUGAGGCUGAACCAAAACGAAGAAAAUAUUCGGAUUCCAUCUAUAGCAUCAAGGACUUGAAGUGAAGGAGUAACGAAAGAGGCAAAUUACAUGGAUAUAUCAUCCUAUCAAAAUCAGGUCACAGAAUUAUUUAUGUUGCUUCAAAUUUGUGUGCCUUCCUGAUCAAAUAUAUAAAAGAAAAACUGCAAGUGUCGGACUGCAUAAAUGAGUUCGAGGUUUACUUGGGGGGAUUAUGUUCAUCUUCCCCCCAAAUCAUUGGGUUAAAAUACAUUGCUAGGUUUACUUGUAUGUCUUG